UUAAGUAUAAAUAAGUUUCAUGAAGUCUUUCCAUCAAUCGAGUCUCCUCUGUUGACGAACACUUAAGUAGUGCCUAACUGCUCAUCGUGCUCCUCGUGCUCAUCGUGCUUCUCGUGCUCCUCGUGCUGCUUACUCACUUCGCAAAAUGUCACAAUCAGAUAAUAAACGGGUGGCAUCCUGGGACUCUGAGUCUGAGCCCUCGGACUUCGGAGAACAGCCUCCACCACAACCCGCAAAGAAGGCGAAAAAAUCAGCCAAGGCGGAAACACCUUCGGCCACCUCUAAAUCAAAGAAAAAGACGUCCACUAGUGGCACAACCAAGUCUGCGAAAUCGCUUUCGAGCGAAUUAUUCGGCGACGACUCCGACGGACCGUGCCCCGAGCCAGUCCCGAAAGCGUCGCCGCUGUGGUCGUCCCUGGCCCGCAGAGUCGCUGAUGGCGUGACGCGCCAGAUCGAGCUGGUCGAAGAGGGGGAGAUCUUCUUCGAUGUCAAGGUGUUUAACACCUGCGACAUCAUCGACCUGGAUCCUCGUCAGCGGGCUGAAAAGUGGACUGCACAGUUGCGCUUGAGGGUGAAGCCCAACGAUCCGCUCUGGGUGCAAUUAAAAAAAAUUGCAAGGNGACCUACUAAAUAUUUUUGA